CUCACUUACACGUACUUAGGGUAGCAAUUAGAGUCACAACCCUCCCACUCUUCAUGUUCAUCUAACCCGCGGUGAAAUAUUCAUAUCAAAUCGCCAUGACGACUCUUCAGCCACGGGGUCCAUACUCCCAAGAAGAGCUGCAGAAACUCUAUCCUAACGGCCUCGACCUCCAGCUCGUUCAGGUCUUGUUGCGUCACGGCGAGCGCUCUCCGGUCUCCGCUAGAUUUCAGAACGCAGGCCUCCACGCCUACUGGCCUUAUUGUUCUGCUGCUAGACAGAUGGUCAGCUCAACUUAUGAAGCCACUGAAGGGAAAUGGUCGCCACUCCAAUGGCGCAAACGGUUGGAGACGUUCGGCAGCAACGACAACCCUGUGAUAGCGUCUGGACCUGGCGGAAAUGUCGACUCAAUUUGCAAUUUGGGCGAGUUGACGGACAAGGGACGGGAAACGACCUUUGAGCUUGGUCGAAGACUCAGACAUCUUUACGUGGAUCAAUUGCAGUACAUGCCGGCUAUGAUCCAUGACGCAGAUAUGGUAUAUCUUCGUGCAACUCCAAUACCCAGAGCACUAGAGUCGCUUCAACAAGUAUUUUGGGGAAUGUAUCCUGCAAAGGCCCGGGCUGCCUCGUUUCCACCAGUUACUAUCAUAACUCGUGCUCCUGCUGAUGAAACACUCUUCCCGAAUGACAGCAAUUGUAGGAGAUUUGCACAGCUUUCCCGAGCCUUUGCUCAAAGAACUGCCGAUCGCUGGAAUGAGACGGAUGAAAUGGAGUACUUGAAUAAACUACUCAGCAAGUGGAUGCCAGAAUCCAGCAAACGUGUUGCGGUGGAUUCCCAUCCGCGACUUUCUGGAAUCAUGGAUACAAUGAAUUCAACCUUGGCCCAUGGUCCUGCAACUAGGCUUCCAAAGGAAUUCUAUGAUACUAAAGGUAGAAAAAUCAUCGAUCAGAUUUCCGUCGAGGAAUGGUAUAGUGGAUAUCAAGAAUCUCGAGAAUAUCGGACUCUAGGUAUCGGUGCUUUGAUGGGUGAUGUCGUUGAGCAGAUGGUUGGCAGUGUUCAGCAGAAUGCCAAUGAUUUACAUGAGGAAGUAGGAGGGAAAGACGGAUCGACUGGAGAGGGUAGAGGGGGCGAAAGGAGCAUCAAGCUGGCCCUUCGCGGAUGUCACGACACGACUCUCGCCGGUAUUCUGGCCAGCUUAGGAGCAUUUGAUGGAGAGCCUUGGCCUCCGUACACUAGCCAUAUCGCAUUCGAAGUUUUCAGAAAAUCUGGGUUCCAGUCACACAAUACGGCUCACUUGCAAGAUCAGGCAUCUGCUUCAUCUAGCUGGUUUGGAACAUUAUUUGGGAGCGGACCAUCAAAACCAAUUUCCACGGCAAUAGCUAGGCAAAAGGUCGAAAACCUUAAGGCAUCGGACCGGUCAAAACUAGAUGGCUAUUAUGUCAGAAUACGAUACAACGACAAGGUCAUGUCGAUUCCAGGCUGUAAAGCGGCAGGGAAACAUCUCGAGGGAGAUGAUACCUUUUGCACUCUUGAGGCUUUCAAGAGUAUUGUCGACAAAUACACACCAGCACAUUGGAAACAGGAAUGCUUAAGCAACUUGGAAGCAACCGCAUUCCCAGAAAAGCCGGAACCUUCGGGAUAUUGAAUUUACUCGCAUUGUGUGUAUCAUCUCAUGCCAUGUAUCCUUGAUCGUAUGCUUCAUAUGGCGUUGGGGACAAACAGAAAUGGGACACGCUACUAGACAGGUAGAUUGUAAACAACAGGGAAGAAUCUUCUCUGCAGAUAGACCAAAGCUAUGUACACGAAAGGGUCUUGUAGUAGUAUUCAUUUCCCAGGGUAUCUAUCCCAAUCCGAAUGAAGUAUGCUCUCGUCUAAAAUGCAGCAAGUCAUCGAGACCCCAAAACUGAAAGAUCCUACAAUCGUGACGGGCUUAGAGAAGUGCCCUGUGCCUUCUUGCCCUCAACCACAACUCCCAGACCAGUGCCAGCAUCCACAGAAGCCCCAGCUCCAGCCGCAAGAUCGAAAGACUCGUCUCCAGAAAACCUCCAUCCUCUCUCCUCACCACCACUCAAGAAGCUGCAAUCACCGCUAACAGUAAUAUUCCAACCACCUCCGACACCCCUACCACCCUUCCAGUCCACCCUCGGAAUCUCCGUCUCAGGACCCUCCCACUCCUUUACACCCACCUCCAUAUUCUCCUUCCCCCUUCUCACAAACGAACUCAGUCCACACGUAAAUGGCUUGAAAUCCUCCUCCGCAAUAUCCUCCGGCAUCCUUCCUGUCAAUGCUCUCCCAAUCGCAAUCAACGUCGCCGCAUGUGUACACAGCAAGAUAGCCUUUACACCCUCGCGAUCGCUCUGCUCGAUGAUCCUAUGCAGCGCAUAAGCCGUUCUAUCAUGCAACUCGCCCAACGUCUCACCAUUCACGCUCGGUUUGAUAGUAGGUUUAUACUCCUCAUCGUAAUGCGGGAACAAUUUCUUCAAGACCGCGGGUUCAGCAGGAGAAGGGUGGUCGAACCGCGCCAUGCCGUACCAUUCCCCGAUACCAUUUUCGCCACGGACUUUGGUUGUGGACGGGGAGAGGGGUUUGCCUGAGGAGGCGAGAGCGGUGACGGUUGGGGUGAUGGUUUGGAUGCAGCGGUAGAAAGGGGAGGAGUAUAUGCGUUCGAUGGGCGGGGAGAGGUUGACGAGAUGCGAGGCGAGUUCUUUGGAUUGGGCGACGCCGUAACCUGCCAGCUCGGGGUCGCUGGCUAUUCCUGUGGGGGAAGGGAUGGAGGUUGAAUAUUCCCCGGUUUUGGGGUCGACGACCCAGUUGGAGCGGAACUGUGAGGCAUUGUCAGUUAAACCCCCGAAGAUUGUUAGUUUUUUCCGAUUGUGAGUAUAGAGAGUAUUUUGGGACGGUUAGAAAAGAGCUUACCCCAUGGCGGGUUACAUAGAUUACUUCGAGACUCAU